AGCGGAGCCGUGCGAGUCCUCCGGCUGCCGAGCCGCCUCUCCCAUGCGCCUGCCCAGCAUGUCCCAGCCCUUCCUGCUGGCGCCCAUCGCCGAGUGCCCCCCGGGGCCGCCCGGCGCCCAAGUCCGCCUGGCCGUGCUGGGUGCCCGCGGCGUCGGCAAGAGCGCCAUGAUCGUGCGGUUCCUGACCAAGCGCUUCAUCGGCGACUACGAGCCCAACACAGGCAACCUCUACUCCCGGCUGGUCCAUCUGGACGGGGACCACGUUGCCGUACAGAUCCAAGACACGCCGGGGUGCAUUCAGGUGCAGGAAGACUGCGUGCAGGUGCUGGACUCCCUGUCCAGAUGCGUGAAGUGGGCAGAGGGCUUCCUGCUGGUCUACUCCAUCACAGACUACAGCAGCUACCAGUCAGUCCAGCCUCUCUACCAGCACAUACGCAAGGUGCACCCCGAUGCCAGGACUCCCAUCAUUAUUGUGGGGAACAAAGCAGACCUCCUCCAUGCCAGGCAAGUACAGGCAAAAGAAGGACUACAGCUGGCAGAUGAACUGGGCAGCCUGUUCUUGGAAAUCUCCACCAGUGAGGACUCCCAAGGUGUCUGUGAUGUCUUCCAGUAUCUUUGCAAGGAGGUCAGCAAACUACAGCAUGCCGGCAGCACGGACAGGAGGCGGUCAUCCAUCAUUCCUCGGCCCAAAUCUCCCAACAUGCAAGAUUUAAAGAGGCGUUUCAAACAGGCUUUAUCUUCCAAAGUCAAGUAAACCUCCCAAUGACAUCCCCUAGGACUCAAUAGAAUUUAUUUUUGUAAACUAGUUAAUAAAAAUCUUUAUUUUUGUACUAAU